AUGUCAUUUGGAUGGUCUGCUGGAGAUAUUGCGCAGGCAAUAUCUUUGAUUGUCAAGGUUGUAAAAGCCCUUGAUGAUGCAAGUGGCGCCCCCGAUGAGUAUCGCAAAAUGGCUGUCUUUCUUGAGAAUGUUAAUCUCACAUUAAAAAAUAUGCACGUCUUCGCUACAUUAGGGGUAUAUCCUUCGUAUGGAGAUGAGAUACGUAGACAAAUCGAGAAUAUUCGACCGCCUUUGGAGCUUUUUAUCAAAAUCAUGAAGAACUACGAACCACACUUAGGUAGCAAUGCUACACCCGGCUGGUGGAAAAAUAUACCCCGAAAGAUGUUAUGGACUUUCAAGCAUUUCUAUCACAAAUUGAAGAAGGAAAUAAAGGAUCAUUUGUUUACGCUCGACAAUCUUUUAAAUAGAUUUACAUUGGAAGUCGUCCGUACUCUUCCAGAUGAACUGAAACAGCUAUUCAUCAAUACUCUUGCCCCUCAGAUGAUUUCAGCUCUUGAAGUAAUGGUCAAUCCUGUACGCAACGAAAUAUCUCUGAUGCGAAACGAAGGGAGGAUGCAGCAAAAAGAACUACAUUCUAAAACAGAGGAAAUCAUUCUCUUGUUGCAAUCGCUCAAGAUGGAUGACUCCAAAUCUAAAAAUACUGGUGAUUUGGAUGUUACCGUUCACGAUAUAAAAGAGCACAUAACUAGUACGCUUAGAUCAACGUCCAAUAAUCCUCAAAAACCCAUCAUUGACAGUUGCUCACGAGCGGCAUGUAAAGCCGAUUCACUUCCUGCAACCAAUGUUUUGUUUCAAGCAAUGAGCAAAGGCCCGCUUGAAGCGAGCGACGAGGAGAUCGAACAAUCGUUACGAAAUAUAUAUUAUAGCAUUAUUUUAUAUGCAGGAAUGUUCCUUCGCAAUCUAUGUUUAUAUCUAGCCAACCGGCUGAUGUUGUCGAGGCCCUUGACACCCAACCUGCUUGCGAUAUAUCACAUAACGUUUCAUGAUGCACUUGGCCGCCCUCCGAGAGUUCUUCAGAUCGAUGUCUUUAAUAACUGUCAAGCCUUCCAGGCAUUUUUAUAUCAAUCGUUCUCUGAUACAGUAGGAAAACCCUGGGUAGAACGAGGGUCAUAUCUACUCGCGAAUAAAUCAGAAAAAUCUGCUCUGACGGCUGAUACCUGGUCGCGAAUCAUCAAGCCAGGGUGUCAUGUAGAAAUGACCAUGGUGCUUGACUAUAAUAACAAACUAGAAAACAGAUGUCCUGACACCAUUUGUUCGGGCGUCUUGAUCAAUAUGACCAAUUCCACAUGGAGGAAAUGUCAAUCUUGUCAAAAAGAGAUACUUGAACCUAAAAUUGCCAGCCAGAUUGAGAAAGCUUACGCUCCUACAUGGCAAGUGGCUAUGGAACAGCACGAGCCAAAGGUACCUGAGGCUAUUAAUACUGCAACUUUUGCUCGGUGCGUCUAUCGAUUAAAUAUUCAAUCUGCGAUUGCGCAAUCUGCGGAGCCUUUGAAAGUUCAAAAGAACAAUACAGGGCUUCCAAAGAUACAAUCUAAAUCUGUGCUAGAGCUGCACCGAAGCGAGUUGAAGUCUGAUGCGAGGCUUUCAGCUCGACCAUCUGCAACAGCUUCAGGAUCAUUGGAACGUCAUGUCUGUGUUUGGAGCUGUUGCUGGUGUCGAGAUUAUCGUGGAAACUAUACAUCUUCAGGGAUGACGACUAAAAUUACAAAUUGUCCAGUAUGUUCUCAUGUAAGAUGCAAUGAUUGUACCACUGAAUGGCUCAAGAUACGUAGCUAUUAUCACGGUUAAUAGGAUACACCAAUAUAAUUACAAUUGUAAUUGGAAAUUUCAAAGCGAACACAAUGAUUCUAGCAUUUUUGACAUAUACUAUUAUAUACAAUAUAAAUUACAUGAUAU